GCGGGAGGGACAACUUUUAGGAAGUGAGCAGAUUUAGUUUCUGUUUCGCACCGGGCCAUCGACGAAGUUAAUGGAAGAAGGCAAGCUAGACAUUUCAGGAAGACAUUCGUUAUAACGUAUUUAUAACGACAGGGUAUCGAUAUAUAUGUCUACUCACAAGGCUCAACUGACGACGUACGUACGGCUUGGAUUCCCUCCGGAGUUGUCAUGGCACCGCCAAAGAAGAGGGCGUUACCCAAACCUCUCCCAGAGGGCUUCAUACUGACCGACAGCGAGAAGAAGAAAUGGAGGCUGGGGAGAAUCAUUGGUCAAGGUGGAUGUGGACUGAUCUAUCUUGCCUCCCAUGAUGUGGACAGACCUGUAGCAGCAGACACUGACUUUGUCAUAAAACUGGAGUACCAGGAGAAUGGCCCCCUGUUCUCGGAGCUCAAGUUCUACCAGAGGGCAGCCAAACCAGAGAGCAUGGAAAAAUGGAAGAGAAGCAGGAAACUGGUCUUCCUGGGCAUCCCAACGUACUGGGGAUCAGGACUCGCGGAAUAUAAUGAACUCAGGUAUCGUUUCAUGGCCAUGGACCGACUGGGCACGGAUCUUCAGAGAGUGUGCGAGCGCAACGGAGGUCGACUAAAGACAGCCACCGUUCUCCAGCUUGGUCGAGGACUGGUGGAUGUUCUAGAGUAUAUUCAUGAGAACGAGUAUGUCCAUGCAGAUAUUAAAGCUGCCAACCUCAUGCUGGGCUGCAGAGACCCUGAACGGGUCUAUCUAGCAGACUAUGGGCUGUCCUACAGAUACUGUCCUGAUGGAGUCCACAAAGAAUACAAGGAGAACCCCAAGAAGGGCCACAAUGGAACCAUCGAAUACACCAGCCUUGAUGCUCACAAAGGACUCGCUCCAUCUAGACGUGGCGACCUCCAGAUUUUGGGUUUUUGUCUUCUUCACUGGUUAUGCGGGUCUCUGCCUUGGGACAAAGUUCUCAAGAACCCAACUCAGGUCCAGGAGGCCAAGGCCAGGCUGAUGGAUAAUCUGCCAGACUCAGUCCUGCAGCUGUCGAUGAGUGGAGCCAGAACAGAUGAGGUGGCCGCAUUACUCAGCUAUGUGAAAACUCUGGACUACCAAGACAAGCCCAACUACCAGCAUCUCAAACAGCUGUUAGCCAGUGAUGUCACGGGAAGACUGGACUUCUCCAUGCCGCAAGGAGCUGCAGGGGAGUCCACCACCAAGGGACAAGACCCCCCCGCCAAGGAAAAGAAAGCAGGACGAGCCAGAGGGCCCUACAGAGCCAAGGCCGUGGCCACCGAGCCGGAUGAUGAACAAGAGGAGGAGGAGAAGAUGAAGUCUAAAUCGGCGCCAGCUCGCCACAUAAGAGGACCACCCCGCCCCAGACCUCAGUCACAACCGGAAGAGGGAGUUGUGCCUGCUGUCAGCAGAUCAUUGAGGCGAAGACCUGUGGUGUCUUAUGAAGAAGACAGUGAAACGGAGGAGGAAACCGAGGAGGAAGAGGAAGAGGAGGCCAGACCCAGACCCAUCCCUGCAUGCUAUCUGAGAGGCCCUCCGAUCGGCCCCAGAGCUCAGCCUAAACAGAAAACUAAACCCAAAUGGAACGGCAAGAAAAUGGACGCCCGCACCGUGACAGAGAGUCAGGAAGGACGACUCCACGUGCAAAGGACCAAACUCAUAUCGACGAAGUGUGACGCCAACGAUCGAACACGCGCAGACUACGACAGGGGCUGGGCCGGUCUAAAGGAGGCUCACCCUCGGGCCAAGCCGGUGCUCCUGCACAGAGAAGGCCACAGCCAUCGACAGUGUUGCCACGGCGACCUGUGUUACGAACACAGACACGGCUUUGGUGAAUGGGACGGGUCUGCUGCAGUCAGAGGUCCAGAACAGGAAGCUGGUCCCGCACAGAGGAAGGGGCCGUUUUCUUGGUUUCUCUUUGUGGGCGUCUUCCUUUCCCUGGGUGCUGCUCUCUGUGUUUGUCAUAGUGUAUUUAAACCCACUUGAACAAGACAACUUUUUUGGCCAGUGUGUGGGGUCUGCUAGUUUCUGCAUGGUCUCUCAAGCCGUUUCCCAAAUGUCGAGGUGGCCGCCGACAGGAACACAAAGCCACUUCUCAUCACUUCUGGGCCGCCAUUUUCACAGUAAUAGGCUGAAAGAGAAGGAGAAGUUUAUUCUGCCUAUUCAGAAGUGAGCUCUCAUUUCAGACUGGACUGUAAGAUGAAGGACUCCCAAAUGCACUCAGAAAAAAAAAAAUCAUAUACACGAAUAAAACUGCCUUUGAAUUAACGGCAUGCUGCAUGGACAGAUAUCCAGGAUCGUACUCCUUUAUCACAUGAGGAGUAGCGUGAGUGAAACGGACUGAAUGCAUCGUAUAGUUAUGCGAACACACUCGGCAGCCUUUCAGCAAACGAGAAGCCGACGUGACGUACAAAGCCAUGCUCAUUAAGCCUGCUGAAUGUCUAUUGACUGUGCGGGCCCUUUAUGAAGCCCGGUGGAGGCAGCUGUCAGUCACGCUGUGAGACGCACACAUACCUUGCUGCAGUAAGGACACUCUCCAAAAACAAUGUUGAAGCUCUGCCUGCUGGAGGGCAGCGCUCGCAGCCACUGAAGCAAAAGGACAAAGAAGAAGGAAAAAAAAAAAAAAAGACCAUCAAAUCAUUACCUUGGAUGUAAUGUGUCGGUGUGUCAAGUGACAACACUUGUUUUCAAUGUACAUGUAUUACUGCACACUUUAGCUGUGAUUAUCUGACAUGUAGCAUUUUAAAGUCUUGUAUGUGAACUUUGAGUCCUUCCUGCCACUUUUUGUAGGCUUUAAAAAGAGAUGAAUAUCCUUAGUCUCAUUGAAUAAAGAGUAUAUAGUGCAUGUCAUUUCCUCAUGCUGAACUGAAA